AUGUCCUUUACUCCCAUACGAGCAUUUCUGAGUAAUGCAACGAUACUAGCCAGAGCCAAACCGCUAAAAUUCACUGAUUUAAAAACAAUCAAACUUCGUGCCCCCAUCCCACCCACUGUGAAAAACUUUGAAGUAUCGCCUGACCAUCCAUUAUGGCAAUUUUUCCCGCUUGGAAACAAAACCAAAAGUGCCAUACGUGAAUCCGAGGAAUUAGACUUGGAUUCAAGAGAAUGGACUAGUGCUGAAUUACGUCGCAAGUCAUUUGAGGAUUUACAUACAUUGUGGUAUCUCACUUUAAAAGAACGUAAUGUGUUGGCUAGAGAAGUAAGAUUGGGUGAAAGUUUGGGAAUGGGUGAUUUUAGACAAUUUAAUAUGCUUGAUAAUAAACUUAUCAAGACACAAAAGAGGAUAAAACAGGUGUUGUUGGAGAGACACAUUGCAUUUGAAAGGGCUCAAGCUAGUCCCGAAAUCAAUGCUGAACAACAAAAAUAUCUUGAUGAGUUUGAAGAGAGGUAUAUUAGUUGUGAUGAACGUGAUAUUGACGAUAUGGAUGCUAAAUUAUUACGAUUACAGUAUGCAUUUUUCGGUAUUGAACCAACAUUGAGUUUAGAUACAUUGCAUGAGGAUAUUGACCCUAAUUUCGUCAAGGGGAUAACUUAUACCAGUAAAGUGAAACUAAAUAGGUAUUUGGAACAACACCAUCCAGAAGGAGUUGAGUUGGAUUUACCAUUGAAUGGAAUAAUGGAAGAGUUGCCAUUCUUUUUGUAUGAUGUUGAAGAGGCUAUUGACCAAGUGAAGCAAUUGAGAGAAUCAGGACAAUCGCGUAAAUUGGACAAGAUUGAAGUGAUUCCAUUUUUGAAUAAUGCCAUCGGUAAACAUCUUGGGAAUGGAGUCGAAGAGGAAGUGGAAACUGUAUAG